UUCGUCUGAAAUCCAGUGUUCUGCCAGCUGCACUUAGGGAGUCCGAGGACAAAGAGUCACAGAGAGAAGUGUCUCAAGGGUCAGACUUUUGACAUGAUAGGAGGAUUACACAGAAGAGAAAAGGAGAAUUUGCACCAGUGUUCUGCUGUAUGCAGCUAGACUGGAGUGUUUCAGUCCAUAAGAAGAACUUGCCAACUUAACUACAGCACCCUCUAUUGAAAUGACUUUCCUGGUCUUCAUCUUUUUGUUGGCCUUUGUCCAAGAUGGCGCUUCAGACAUUUUAACUUCCAGCCCCAUAUUUGGACCAAGGCAGGUGAUUGGGUUGAUGGAUGGUUCUGUCACUGUGAAAUGCUUCUACCCUACCACUCGGGUAAAUAGACACGACAGAAAGUACUGGUGCAGGGAAACAACACGACGGUGUUCAACCAUCGUUUCUUCCACUGGCUAUGUUUCAAGAGAGUAUGAAGGCAGAGCCACGAUAACAGACUUUCCAGAGAAUGGCAUAUUCAUCGUUGAGAUAUCAGGGCUGAGGAGAAGCGACAUGGGAUCAUACAAAUGUGGCGUUGGUAUCAACGAUAAGCUAUUCUAUAGAGUCAAGCUGGACGUUUCAGAAGAUUCAGUAAUGCCCGGAGAAGCUCAGCUCUUCUACAUCAAGCAGCAAGGAACAGUGACUACUUCAUGUACUUUUGGCAAAGAAUACGCCAAUGAAAGGAAGUACCUGUGUCGGAUGGCGAAGACCCAGUGCUCCACUGUCAUUGACACCUAUGGAAAUGUUGACCCGUCCUAUAAAGGAAGAGUUCUGUUGAACCAUAAUGAGGUUCCUGGAUCAUUCAAUAUUUUUAUGACCCAGCUAAAGAGGCAAGAUUCAGGAGUGUACCUUUGUGGAGUUGGGAGCUAUGGGGAAUCUGGAGAAUCCAAGGAACUGAAUAUACAUGUCUAUGAAGAGCCUUCGCUGCCCAAAGGAAAAGUAGAGCAACCUUUGCUAAAGGGAGUCUUGAAUGGUUCUGUGUCUGUCGAAUGUUACUAUGACCCAAAAGGAAAUGUCACAUUGAAAUACUUAUGCAAGUGGAGAAAAUAUGGAUGCACCGAGUUAAUCAACAACUUUGGAGAUGUGCUGGAUUCCUAUGAGGGAAGGAUAGUGAUGCACGAUAACCUAGAAAAUGGCACCUUUACUGUCAUAUUGAACCAACUACAGGAGAAUGAUGAAGGAUACUACUGGUGUAUGACAGAUGGAGAACAAGAAAAGAAGUCAUCAACAGAGCUAAAGAUUAUAGAAGGACAACCCAGUUUAAGAGGACCAAAGGAAAUCAACAUUAUUGCUGGCUCUUCCUUGUCCUUGAUAUGCUCUUAUCCAUGCAAAUAUUACAGCUACAAUAAAUACUGGUGCAAGUGGAAGAAUACUGCAUGUGAUCCUCUCAUCUCAUACGAACAAAACCAAACUGGCUUGGUAGUUACCUGUGAUCAAGACAGUAGAAUUUUGUCUCUAAAUUUUGACCAGGUGGCACCGACAGAUCAAGGGUGGUAUUGGUGUGGAGUAAAACGUGCAAGUUAUUAUGGGGAAACCAUGGCAGUGUAUCUGAGAGUACAAGGAGUAUUUCCAGGCUCUGAAGAAGUUCUUAAUGCAGAAUCCAGCAACGAUGCAGCUAUUUCCAUGCCAGGCUCUAAGAAAGCGAAUUCUCAUUUAAGCAAAUCCAAGAUAGCAGCUGGAGCUGAAAGUCCAACAGAGAGCCCUGUAGAAGAUAAUAAUUCCAAGGUUCUUCUCUCAGUUUUGAUCCCUCUUGGAGUUGUGUUUCUGCUUCUUGCCACUAUCUUUGCUUUUGUUAAGUUCAAGCUUUUCAAGAAUUCAGAUCGUGUCUCGGUUGCCAGCUACAGGACAAACAUCAGCCUGACAGACUUUGAGAAUCCAAGACAGUAUGGAGCAAAGGAGAAUGUGUGUAUGGAAGAAGCUCAUGAAACCCAGCUAGAUGGGAUGAAUGAGUAUGCAAUUACCACUGGGAGUCCCAAAGAAGUGCCAAAGAAGCCAAAAAGGGGUUCCAAAGAGGAAGCUGAGAUGGCAUACACCACCUUUCUGCUUAAAUCAGAGAACAUUUCCGCUAUAAGCAGCUCCCAGCAACAGUAAACUUGAAGGAACUGAUGAGCAGCCCAAUCAUGGGUACUUCCAAAAAUUAUGGAAAUGAAUGAUAUAAUAAUGAUUGAAAACAAAGCUAUGUCUCGAAUCAGUAAGCUAUAAAAAUGCUUUAGGAGCUCCUAAUAUUUUCAUAUAACAGUUCCAUCAUUGAUUAAAUAAUAAGACUUAUGAGGUAAAAUUGCUUCAAGAGUAAACAGUCAAUUUUCAAACAAAUCCAAAUCAAGAUAAUAAAAAAUUGUAAGAGAAUUCUAUAAUUGUGAAAUGCUGACAUAUUUUAAACUGAUUCUGUUAAUUCACUGUCAUCUAUAUAACUGAAAAUGUUUAAUGUGUGUUAUGACAGUAUAAAUGAACAAGUCAAAUGCCGGAGUAUUAAUGAGAAUAGAUUUUGAUAAAUGGAUGAUGAUUUCACUAGAGCGAUGAAAUCUAGUUAAUGAAGCACACAUGGAAGUUACUUUAUCCUGUUAGUUAUCCAUUUUCCAUCCCUUUCCCAAGGACCUCGAGAUAACAGAGAGGUGUCCUAUUCCAUCCUCUUAAUAAUCCUAUGCAUAGGAUUUGAACCCAGUUCUCCCUAGUCUAACUCCUGGUGCAGCGUUGGAAUGUAUUAUCAAAUAAAUAAGUUUAGGAAUAGGUUGAAAGAUAUUUUUACUUUCACAAAAUAAGCCUGAUGCACUAGUUUAUAUUCUUUUGGAAUCAGUGAUUUUCUAGUCUACUUUAAGUUUAGACUGCUUUAUAUAAUUUACAUAUUAAUUUUUGCAAUGCUUUUAAUAUGAUUUUUUGCUAAUAAAUCCUGAUUAAUGUACAAGAA